AUCUUAUCAAUCAGGCCACAUCCCUCAUCUUAUCAAUCAGAGGCAAAUCUCAUGUUCGUCGGCUGGUUCAACUCUCGGCCUCACCACGCCGCUCUCAGCAUGCCUACAGCGACGAUGAUCCAGGCUCUCAGGCCUCCGAUCACAAAACAACUUUGCAAUGAGAAGACGCUGAAAAUAUACGCCGUGUUUCUCUGUGGCCUUUUGAUCCUUGCCUUUGUGGCUCGUUGGCUGCGCGAAGUCUGCAACAGGAACCCGAGUUCAGCUGCAUCUCGCGCCUCACGAGAUCCCCGUCUCUUCAAAUGGCUUCAACUCUUCCGGAAACUGGAGAGCCAGGCAGAUUGGGGAUGGUUUGGACGACGCUCCUUCGGACUCAUCAUAUUGGUUGGCAUCUACCUCACUGGUAACACCGUCUUCUCCUCGAUAAAUCUGGCCUUGUAUCAACUGAACCAUUGGGCAUCUAGAUUCGGGUGGAUGGGUGCGGCGAAUAUGGCGCUGUGUGUAUUCUUUGGAUUGAAGAACACGCCAAUGGCAUAUAUAACGCCUAUGUCACAUGCUCAGCUCAACAUCUUUCACCGCAUCGCGGGAUAUACGGCGGUGCUCCUGGUGCUUCUCCAUGCCAUUCUCUACACGAUACACUUCGGCCGCCAGGGGCGAUGGGCAAACAUGGUGAAACAAGAAAACCUGGAGGGUAUCGGCGCUGGAAUUUCUAUGUUGGUCUUGCUCAUGGGGGUUCUGAGACACCGAAGCUACGAGAUCUUCUAUGUCAGUCACAUCGUUGGUUUCGUGGCCGCCGUCGUGUUGACAUCGCUGCACCGGCCGAAUUGGGCGAAGAAACUCCCCGUGUUGAUGCUGUUCAUCACUGCACUCUGGGUGGCAGAUCGUAUACUUCGGGCCGCGAGGAUCACCUACAACCUCGUCAACAACACUGCUACUUUCUACUCACUUCCCGGCGGAGGAACGCGACUACUUCUAAAGAAGCCGGGCAUCGAUGUUGCUCCCCCAGGCUCUCAUUGCUUUCUGUGGAUCCCGAGACUUCACCUCUUCCAAAGUCAUCCAUUCACAAUCGUCAGUAACGGCCCUUCUGGCUUGGAGUUGGUAAUGAAGUCACGGAAGGGCUUCACCAAGACAGUCGGCACCUUCGCGGCCCGCUACCCUCGCUGUACUGCUUGGGCUUCAGUAGACGGCCCAUAUGCAUCAUGCCCGAACACAGAGAGCUACGACAAGCUGAUUCUUAUUGCCGGGGGAAGCGGGGCAGCGUUCACAGUUGGUCUCAUGAAUCACAUCCUGAGCCGGUCGCAAAGACCUGUACACCAGUCUAUCGAGUUUGUUUGGGCUGUGAAGCGUGCAGGUACGUCAGCCUGCAAUUUCGGUUACUUGGCGUCCCUUUUUGACCAUUCAGCAGAGCAAUUGAGCUGGUUCUCCGAGCAUCUCCGCAAUCUUUCGAAAGCUGGGUCAGGUGUGAGUGUGAGGCUCUAUGUCACGAGCGAGGAUUCGGUGGCAAGCCCGAGUCUUGCCACAUAUUCUGACGUUGAAUCUGGGGUCCAACCCGAAAUGGAGAGAAGCCUUUCUUCGAAGACAGGUUUUGCCAACUAUGGGAGUAUCUCGGAGGUAUGUGAUAGGGACACACUUCUGGUCGGAACCGACUGCGACGCUGUCACAUUCACGAGAAUGGGUAUUGAAAUGGUAAUUGAAAAAGCUAUGGGGACAUCAAAAAGUUGCCAAAGAGUUUUAAUGGCGGCUUGCGGUCCAGAAUCACUCAUGGAUGCCGUGAAGGAUUCGGCGGACGAUUGGCGGAGCAAGCGAGGCUUCAGGAUAGAUGUUCACUGCGAGGACUUCAACGGUUGAUGGGUCCAAUCAACGGCAUUUUUAUAAAACAUCUAUUGGGAGAAGCCUUUGAUCAGUCUUUUCCUGAUUCAAACGGCGGCGAUAAAGCCAUACCCACACGUGCUGAGACCGACAAGAAGCGUGUUUCCUUGAGUUUCCAGUUGACAUGCCAA